AUGGCGUCCUCAUUCAGCCGCAUGAGCGCCUCAGGGGGCGCUGGAGGAUGGGGCCGAGUCAGCUCCUCCAGUGGCUACGGAGGGGGGCGCUCUGGAUCCUGUGGGAGGGGAGGUGGUGGCAGUUUUGGCUCCAGCUACGGUGGAGGUUCUGGGGGUGGCUUUAGUGCUGGUAGCUUUGGUGGAGGUUCCAGAGGCUUCAGUGUUGUUUCUGGAGGGGGCUUUGGGGGAGGGUCUGGAGGGGGCUUUGGAGGCUCCAGGGGCUUUGGGGGAGGAUCUGGAGGGGGCUUUGGUUUUGGUGGUGGUUCUGGAGGAGGUUUUGGGGGAUCUGGGGGCUUUGGCGGUAACUUUGAUGGUGGUGCUGGUGGUAUUCUGGGCGCUGAUGAGAAGACCACCAUGCAGAACCUCAAUUUCCGGCUGGCCUCCUACAUGGAUAAGGUGCAGGCACUGGAGGAAGCCAAUGGUAAACUGGAGACUCAGAUCCGGCAGUGGUAUAACAAAGAGGGGUCCAGGGCCACCCGAAGGGAUUACUCUUCUUACUGUGACACCAUUGAAGACCUCAAGAAGCAGAUUCUGAGCACCACAGUGGACAACCAUAAGACUCUCUUGGAUCUUGACAAUACUCGCAUGAGGUUGGAUGAUUUCAGGAUGAAGUUUGAGAUGGAAAGCCAAAUGCGACAAGCUAUAGAGGCGGACAUCAAUGGCUUACGGAAGGUGCUGGAUGAUCUGACCAUGCAAAAAUCUGACCUGGAGAUGCAGUUUGAGUCUCUGCAGGAGGAACUGAUUUCCCUCAAGAAGAAUCAUGAGGAUGAGAUGAGCCAGCUGACUGGGCAGAACUCUGGGGAUGUCAAUGUGGAGAUGAAUGCUGCUCCCAGCAAAGAUCUCACCAAGAUCCUCAAUGACAUGCGUGAGGAGUACGAGCGGAUCAGUGCUAAGAACCGUAGGGACAUUGAAAAGCAAUAUGAGAUUCAGAUGAGUCAGCUGGAGCAGGAGGUGACGAAUAGUGGCCAGGAGAUGGAGUCCAACAACAGGGAGGUGACCCAGCUCCGGCACAGCAUCCAGGAGAUGGAGAUUGAGCUGCAGUCUCAGCUCAGCAAGAAAUCGGCCCUGGAGAAGUCCUUGGAAGACACGAAGAACCGCUACUGUGGCCAGCUGCAGCAGUUGCAGGAGAAUAUCGGUAGCCUGGAGGCUCAGCUCACUGAGAUCCGGGAAGAGAUCGAGUGCCAGAAUCAGGAAUACAGCCUUCUGCUCAACAUCAAGACACGGCUGGAGCAGGAAAUUGAAACUUACCGCAACCUCCUUCAGUGUGGCCAGGAGGACUUUGAAUCUCAUGAAUCUGGACAAAGUCGCUCUGGGGGUGGCAGAGGAAGUGGAUAUCAUGGUGGAAGUGGAGGCAGUCAUGGAAGAGGAUCCUGGGGAGGAAGUGGAGGUAGCCAUGGAAGAGGAAGUGGAGGCACCUAUGGAGGAGGAAGUGGAGGGAGCUAUGGUGGAGGAAGUAGUUCUGGAGGAGGAAGUGGAGGCAGCUAUGGAGGAGGAAGUGGUGGCAGUUAUGGUGGAGGAAGUAGUUCUGGAGGAGGAAGUGGAGGUAGCCACGGAGGAGGAAGUGGUGGCAGCUAUGGUGGAGGAAGUAGUUCUGGAGGAGGAAGUGGAGGUAGCCACGGAGGAGGAAGUGGUGGCAGCUAUGGUGGAGGAAGUAGUUCUGGAGGAGGAAGUGGAGGUAGCCAUGGAGGAGGAAGUGGAGGCAGCUAUGGAGGAGGAAGUGGAUCUGGAGGAGGAAGUGGCAGCAGCUAUGGAGGAGGAAGUGGAUCCAAAGGCGGAAGUGGUGGCAGCUAUGGAGGAGGAAGUGGAAGAUCAUCUCAAUCCCAGUCCUCUUCCUCAAAAUCUGGUGAAUGUGAUGAUACACAAGGCUUCCAGAGUCGAUACUAGAGCUCCUGUAAAUGUUUCUGGCCCCACCCCAGCCAAGUGUCCCCCAGAAAGGCAGCCCCCUGACAAAGCUUGCUUAUUGUCUUCUGUCAUCAAGGAUGGCUGGC